AUAUGCAGGGAUAUAGGUCAAAGUACAGGGCGACGCGUCUAAAGGCAAGAAACCGCGUCUAGUGCUUGCAAGUGUAGAGAAAAAGCAGGAGAUGGACGAGCAGAUAGACAGACAAAUAAGUUUAUUAUUCUACGGUGUAUAAAAAUCCACUCGAGAGGGCAUAUGUAACGCAACAUGCAUUCGCUAAUGGCACCUUUUUCACUCGGAUUAAAUGUUUUAUGCAUAUAUACACAAUGUCAAUGUAAAUGAAUAUCAACAGAAUUCAAUUUCAAGCUCGUUCAAAAUUCUGAAAGAGGGCAAAAAAAUACAAACGAACUUUUGGGUCUAAAUGGGUUAAAACAGUUUAAAUCAAGGGUAAAAUGAAAUCGUCAAUUUCAUAGUCCAUAAAUACGUAUUUUUUCCAAGUAUAAAUAUAAAUUAUUGAAUGAAAUCCAAUUUAUAAGGUUUGAAAUAAACUGGAUUUACUUUAGUUAUUCUUUUGGCGUUUUUGUCUUCCUACCUAUUUACCAAGUCCUUUAAAUGAUCUAAAAAUGUUGAAAGCAGUGGACUUAAAAAGGCAAUUUACUGUACAUACUAGAUUUUCCCUGCUUCAUUGUUAGAGAAACGCUUGCGCAGAAAGUAUACAGCGUUGUUCUGUUUUACGACUUUUCUUCAGGACAAACUUGUGAACACAGAGGAGUUUCUUAAAACUUUCAAAGCGGAGGAAUAUUAGCAUACACUUGACAACAAGAAAAUUAACAAACUAAUACGUAAAAUGUAUAUUGUAUAGUGUUUACAGAGAUAUUUUAUCGAGAAAGCAUACGAUAGUUGUUGGUUUUCAUAGAGAGGAAAAAGAAAUUUACAAAUAUUUAUAAAUAAGUUCAUGUAUGGCAUCUAUAAAUGUUUGUUGAAAAUGUGAAAAAAACGAAUUAACGAAUAAUUGCUAAAGACCUGAAAGAAUGGAUGUCAAAUUGUACGUAUCAAAAGAAAUUAUAUUUAUACGAAAACCAAACAUGGACUACAGAAGCAAAUUUUUGAAAGCGCUUGGUUUAAUUUUGUUACUAUUCGUUGGCCGAAUUUCAAUUCUCAAAGAAAGUCAUGUCAACUGUGUGGAGGUAGAGGAAAAGGAAAGAAACCAAGAAAUAAUUGAUUAUGAUAUCUGUACUGUUUAUGAUUAUUACAAAGUAAUUGAUAAUUUGCUAUUUAAAACAAGGUACAAGCCAUUAGUCGUUAUUAUAGCACAUACAUUUACUGACGGCCUCAACAGAGUAAGAAAUCUAACCCAGAGCAAAAGAAUAUUACAUGAUAAUGAAAUUAAAAACAAUCCAAAUUUCAGUCAAAUUUAUCACACAUUGUUGGAGAAUUUCUAUCUAUUUGAAGCCAAAAACAUAUAUUAUUUUAUAUAUCCGGUACACAUUUUAGACAAUUUAUUGACUAUAUAUUGUCAAAAAAAGCUUUUAAACGAUCAUUUAGGUGUUAUCUUUGAUUUUAUUAACGUAAAUGAAGAAUAUCCUUUUUUUGAAGAUAUUUUAAUUCCGUUAAGAAUAAGCAGCCCUAAUUGUGCUCUUAAACAAUAUAUACGCAAAAAACUACAGACUGGCGAAAGUUUCUCAGAAUUAUCCAAGUUGCGUGAACAAUUGUUUAGUGAUAAAGAAAAGUACAUAUACGUUACGGCAUUCAAUAACGAUGACAUUUGUGAUUCGAUUGGUUUCAAUUUAAAUUCGCAAAGCAGAACCUUUUUAUUGUAUUUUAAUUCAUUACUAAAACAAAUUCAAAACAGUACUGAGAGUGUUGGAAAAAAAAGAAGUAUUGUAGAAAGAAGCUUAAAUUGUUUUCAGUCAAGGCAUCUUGAAGCGAUCGACGAUGAGUCUUUUAAAGAUGAUACAAUUAAACUUUUUCUAAAUCGUCCCAUGGUUAAGAUUGAUUACUUAAAUUGGCUAAAUAAAACUAUAUCUUCAUUGAAUAGUAAUGAUACUUCAUUUGCAAACAUUUGCAGAAAUAGGCACGAAAUAGAUGCACUUGAUUUAUUCUGUUUUAUAAAAAUUUUAUCAGGUGCUGCAGCCCAUAACAUAACAGCUUGGAUAAAUGUCCUACAACAACUAGUUGCAAAAUCAUUGAUAAGCCAACUGAAAUGGUUCAAUAGUUUAAUAUCAGUGUACAAAGAUGAAUAUUUAAUAGAAAGGGAUUCAACUUUAUCCGCACUUCAAAUUCUUGAGAAUCAAAUGCUGAAUGUUAAUGAAAAUUUGAAAAGAGUAAUGAUUCCUUACUACGACUUUGUUUUAAAUCUGUUGAGCGAAAAAGGUCAUAUGAUUCAUACAUUGAUGUUUAAUUCAUCCUGCUUUAUUUACUAUCAUUGGAGGACAAUUGAUGAUUUACUUCUUGAAGUGGAAUUUCAAAGAUUAGUAAUAAUUGUAGCAGAUGAUAUAAGAACAGGACUUGAAAUUGUUAAACAAAUUAAAACCAGCAGAGUACUGCCAAAAUUAAAACGAGAAGAUCUUCACUAUACAAAACAGUUUUUGUACGACGUAAUAAUGAAACACAUUCACCUGUUUCAAUCCAAUGAUACUUAUUAUUAUGUCUACUCUAUGGACACCGACAGGCAUCACGACGUAUUGAUUACCUAUUUCGAAUACAAGAUGAUUAAAGAUUAUUCAAAAGUUGAGUUCUAUUUUGCAAACUUUAUGAAAUAUUUCCCUCCUGAUUACGUUGUUUGUAAUAAUUGUAGUGACUUGGUAAUUCCUGCACUUCCAGAUAAUUGUGCAAUUUCAAGUAAAUGUAAAAAACGUUUUCUAAAUCCCUCGUAUUUAAUUAAAUUACAUCAAGAAUUUUACAAUCGCUUUCCACAAUAUUUACCACUUUAUGCUACUUUUUACAUUGAAUUUCUAUCAUUUAUAAAUGAUGACGGUUUACAUCAUAAAGGCAAUGAUUACAUUAACUAUUCGCAAAAAUUUUAUGAUUUUUUAAAUGAAGAACGAAUUGCUAAUGAUGCACACUAUUUAUUUAAAGAUUUACCAUGUUCAUCUGCUCGGGAAUUAAAUAACAAAAUCAAUAUUGACUUUACUAUUACUGAAAUAGAAGAUGUUCAUCGACUUUACAAUUUAUUACAUUCUUCUCAUAGUAACAUAGUAUCAAUAAAUAACACAGACAAUACUAAUUUAAAAUCUUUUUGUAGUGAUAAUAAACGGUUUAAGUUUCUUCAGUUCUUUUGCUUUUUAAGAAUAAAUUACAUUGAAGGAAUGCUAAAAGUUAUAGAUCAAAAAUCUGAUCUUCUUUUCAAGUUUAAAGUGUUUGCUGAAAAUGAAAAAAAUAAUAUAACCGAAUAUUUGUUAAAAGUGUUAGUGAGGAUUCACGAAUUCGAUUUAUUAGAUUAUGUUGAUUAUAAGCAUAAAGAAACUCAAAUUUUAAGACAAUCACAACAUUUUUACUCCGGAAUACCAGAAAUUACCUUAAAUGGUAUGAAUUUGUCAAACAAAAUCUAUUUAUUAAUAAGAGAAAAUACAAUUUAUUUGGAGUGUCAUGAAAAACAACUUAUACAACAUUAAUAAUGUUGAAAUAAAUAUAAUUUUUUUUAGUUAAACACAUUUUAGAAAAGUAAAGCUGGCAUUAUUAUUAAUUAAAAAAAAUAAUUAACUAUCUAUUGAAGUACAUUCUCCUGUGAGUUUUCUUAGAGCCUUAAAUUAUAGUGUUUACUUUUUUGAUAUUAUGUGUUUAAGUAGAGAAUAUUCUUACAAUGUUGUGCCAGCUUAACAUAAUUUGUAAAAAAUGAUAUGUCAAAUUUUGACAUACGAGUAUGGUUGGGACUUUUGUUUAUACUAAUAAUACAGUGUUUUUAAAAUAUUAAAUACAAAUAUAAAAUGAUGUUUUUCAAAUAUGGUAUUAGUGUAUGUAUGUACUAGUAAUUGUACGUCUGUAUCAUGUUCACUUAUAAAAAAUACUGGUAAUAUUAGCUCAAAUUGUGUCAGUAACCGAGUAGUGUUGCCGCGAUACGAGACGAGAGGCGAGAAUUCUAUUAAUCUCGUCUUGUCUCGUAAUUUUAAGGCGAUUUAUUGUCUCGUCUCGAGCGUUAAAAAUGCAUAGAAAUCACGAUUUCUCGUCCUCGUGAGUCCUCUCUCGUCUUGUAUCGACUUAACGAUAUUUAAAAAAACACUGUAUCAUCUCGUCUCUCGACAUUAUCGCGGCCACACUAACAGAGAUCCAUUUUUUCAGUGUAAUGCAAUUUAUAAAUCCUGAAUUAAUGUACUGUAACCUGUAUCAAUAUUGUUUCCAUAAAAAAAUUUGUAUAAAUAAUUUAACUAAAAUUAAUUUUCUUGUUUUUCAUUAAAGACUGGCGUAAUGGAUCAUUUCAAUUCAUCAUAUAGAAAAAACUUUAGAUAAAUUCCUCGAUUCUAAAUUUAAGCCUCACUUUGAAGCUAAAGUCAGAGUCUAAUAAUUCAAAUUACAACUUUACGACUGAUAAAAGUUAAAUAAACUCUACAUUUUAGGCAGAAAGUGGGGCUACAUU